UUAACCAAACUGCAGCUGAACGCUAAUGGAAGACUGAGCCUCAGUGAAUCUGGCCGCCUAUGGAAACGGCUGAAUAUGUGUAAGGAUUGGUUCCGUACCAUUGAUGUGAAUCGGACAGGAUACCUUGAUAGAUUUGGCUUUGCAAAAGCCAUUAAAACAGCAGGUCUGCUGGUUAGUGACACGGUGCUGAACAUCAUGGUCAUGAGAUACGGAAACUACGCACAGAAGCUGAGCUUUGCGGACUUUGUCUGCUGUAUGAUCCGACUGGAGACUGUGACAAAAGUCUUCAGGAGCUUAAAGAAUGGAGCGGGAGUCUACCUGAGCGCAGAGGAGUGGAUGCAAAUUAUUAUGUCCAGCUGAUCAAGGAGGCAGGAGAUGACUAUCCACAACAAAUCCAUGUUGGUGACUUGCCUGCACAGCUUUUCUUCCGAUUCUUUAUGCUUGAGACUGAUGAUGUUUCGCUGUAGUUUAAAUUCCUUUCUUCCUUUUAUAAUGUGUGAUA